AUGGAAACAGCCGAUGAAGGAGAGAAACACCAUGGCAAGAGCUUAACGGCUGAGGCAGAGAUUAACAAGAUGAAGGAGAGAAACACCAGCGACAGAAUCAGUGAUUUACCGGUCGAGUUACUCCACCACAUAUUCUCUUUCCUACCAAUCCAAUCCCUCACACAAACCACCCUUCUUUCCAAACACUGGAACCAACUAUGCCUGUGGCGUUCCCAACCUCUUCUCGACUUCUCCAGUCUCACUCCCAAGUCCAUGAAACUGAUAAGCACUGUGUUAUCUCGCCGUCAACCCAACUCCAAUAUUACCACCUUUCGCCUCUCCACUGUCUCCGGCUAUUUCUCAGGGGUUGUUCGGACUUGUUUUCGGGUUGUAAUUUCCCUCUCCUCAAUGUCUGAUCUCAGUAUCAAUUGCCCGUGCCUAGAGUAUUUGAAACUUGAUGGUUUGGAGCUGAAAGGAUUGGAUGUUUCUGGUCGGAGGUUACUGGAAUUUGGACUCAGAAGGUGUUUCAAAGACAUCAAUAGUUCGGCGAAGAUUUUCGCCCCGAGUCUCCGGAGUUUCUAUUGGGAAGAUAUCUGUGUCGCUGUGGAAUUUGCGACGGGGAGCUUCGGAUGCCUCGAUAAAGGCUCCGUCUAUUUUCUUGGCACAUCACAAAACGCAGCGACAUUGCAGAGUACAUCCAACUUUCUAUCUGCUUUCUCUUUUACCCGAUCUAUUUGUCUCGGAAGCCUAGUUAUUGAGUUUUUGGGAUACAUAGGUUUUGCUGGUGGUCUUCCAUGUUCUUUCAAUAACCUCAGGACCUUAGACCUGCAGACAGACUUGCGCAGAGCUGAAAUCGAAGGGAUAUUAUACUUGCUUAGAACCUCUCCAAUACUUCAAACCAUCACCAUAGAUUCACCCAGUCGUUGCGAACCCGAAGAUGUGCUUUGGGACGACGAACAAUACUGGGAAUCUCAAAACCAAACUUUCAAGUCACUUGAGCAUCACCUAAAGGUCGUAAGGAUUCAUAUUCAAAAUACUAAAGCGCUCACUAGGGUACAUAAGAGCACUAUCAAUUUAGUGCAAUUUUGUCUUAGACACGGAAGAGUUUUGCAAGAAAUGACCCUAACCUUAUAGAGCUUGCUUUAUGAACGUCCCGUCCAGAGACCAAGCAUUCGUUAUCGGAUGAUGAAGUUUCCACGGGCAUCUUCUAACGUUAAAACCUCUCUUGUUUACCGGAGAGUAUGAGAUCGGAGGCCUCAACAGUGAAGAAGGUUUAUUAGUCCUUGUUUGGCUACAUUGUAAGAUGUCUUUAUGUGUUUAUUUCCUUAUUAUACUUUUGCUUUUUUAAGUAAUUAGCAAGAAUAAGAAUAGCAAAAGUUGUUGGGCUACUUGAUUUUUGAGUUGCUUUUGUACAGUGCUAAAAUUUUAUU